AUGGGCAUCAACAGAUUGCAAGGUUCGGAUUUGAAUACUCCAUUCGGUCCAGUUACUACUUCUCAAUUAUAUACUGGUCUAUUAUGUGUUGCUAUUCCAUUAGGUUUUCUAGCUUCUCCAAUAUCCUCGAUGCUAUGGUUGAUUGGUGCCUCCUGUUUCACUGUUUUCACACAUGCGUCUUUUAUGGAGAAGCCCAUUGAAACAGUCUUUGAGGAAGAAACUGUGUAA